GUGAAACGAAACCAGAGACCGAGCUAGGGGGGCCGAGCUGGUAUUUAAAAACACGACGCAGCCGCUCAAUAACGGAACCGCGGUAACGUUCAUUCUCAGAAUAGAGCGCGCCAGGGAAGAAGGGCAUAAAAAUACGCACUGAAGAGGAGGAGGAGGGGGAGACUCAAUCAAGCAACAUUUGAUGAUUUUAAUUCAUCUAGGGUUUGAAGACCUGUAGACAGUCGCAAUGGAAUAAUUAAAAAAAAUCACUUAUGAAAGACGAAGGCUACACAGAAUUUCACCGCGGUUUCUCAAUUGCCUGAGGAAAUGUUCAGAAUUGCCUCCAUCACUGAAAAUGCGUCACAUGUCAUGAUGAUCUUCGUUGGAUUUAGAGCUGCUGAUGGAAAUGAUGUCAUAUAAAAUGAAGGUUAAUUCCGCGCGCAACUGACAUCUAGGGCUACAUUAUAUCAGAGCAGGUGCAGUGUGUGUCCCUUCGACGGUAACCCUUAUACGCGUGAUCUGAAUAUUUAACGGUGAACGUGGCGCGAGCCUUAAAGCCUGCAAGUCGGGAUCACAGAGAAGAGAAGCGGGAUCUAUAACGACUUGAUGUCAACCUGAGAAGUAUUACAUACUGGGAAAAUGUCAUCUGCAAUUGAAAGAAAGACGAUGGAGGCUAACGAGUAAGUAACCUACUAGUAGUCUGUUUCCUUGAAAUAGAAUAGAAUAUGAUAGAAUAUGAUAGAAUAGAAUAGAAUAGAAUAGGAUCAAAUCAAGGACGGGCAGUGCCUUCAAUGUUGACUUCAUAGUGCUGUAGAAUGUAUUAUUAUUCAGUUACAAUAAUUGCUUGGAAAUAGGCAAAUGCAAUAGGCCGGUAGCAGUUUCUUCAGAGUUCAAUCCAAUUCAAUCCAACAUCAUGAAAGAACAAAUUGAAGAAGGAAGCAACAAGAAAAGGGAGAAAGGUCAUUAUAAAGAACAAUAUAGGUCUAGUUAAACGGGCUGCUGUACGCCAGGACCUUUUGUCAGUACACAUUUUGGUUGUAUGAACAUUGGUCAUAUAGAUUAUGUGCUGUACUCACUGGUAAAUAAGGCAAUGGCUCCCUCCUGUGGGUGAAACUACUACUAAUACGUGGUUAUUAUGUGGUAGCGCGCACACGCGCGCACGCACACACACACGCACACACACACACACACACACACACACACACACACACACACACACACACACACACACACACACACACACACACACACACACACUUCUAUUCUGGACUUCUAUUCUUCCAUGUCCUCAUCUGUCUCCUGUCCUUGUUCCACCCAGGGAGCCUGUGGACGAGGUGUUACAGAUGCCCCCGUCCCUCCUGAACUGUGGGGGGUGCCAGCAGAGCAUCGGGGACAGGUUCUUCCUGAAGGCCAUAGAGAAGUACUGGCACGAGGACUGUCUGAGCUGUGACCUGUGUGGCUGCAGGCUGGGAGAGGUGGGCCGAAGGCUCUACUACAAACUGGGACGAAAGCUCUGCCGCAGAGACUACCUCAGGUUAGACACAUUACGGUUGACAUUUACCACAUGCCCUCACCCCAAAAAAAACAAAGUCAGAUAUUUUGAUGUUGGGCACCCCCAAGAGUCAAAAAGUAAUUGAAAUCCUGCUCAUGUGACACUUACAUUUAAAUGAUUGUAAAUGUUUACGAAAUUCAUACAAAUAUGACAAAAUACUCAUUAGUCAAUAGCACGUAAACUCUUUAUAAAUGGUUUAUUAAUGCUUAUCCAUGGAAGUUAUAAACCUUUAUUUCCUUUCCCUCCCAGGCUGUUUGGACAGGACGGACUGUGUGCUAGCUGUGAGAAGAGGAUCAGAGCGUUUGAGAUGACCAUGCGUGUGAGGGACAAGGUCUACCACCUGGAGUGUUUUAAAUGCGCGGCCUGCCAGAAACACUUCUGUGUCGGGGACCGUUACCUGCUCAUCAACUCAGACAUUGUGUGUGAGCAGGACAUCUUUGAGUGGACCAAACUCAACAACAACAUGGUUUAGUAGAUUGUAGAACACUCUAGAACAUUCUACAACACUCUAGAACACCUCAAAAACAUGGUGUAGAACACUCUAGAACAUUCUAGAACAC